CAAAUGCCUUUCAGUAAUAAUCGAAAUUCGUUUUUUACGUUCAUUCUAACAGAUUUAGUACUUGAAAACUACCGGAAGCAAUAUUUCAAAUUAACCCAAAUGCUAUACUUCACUGUAAAGAGAAUGUUCCAGAUACGCGGUAGGAGAAAAAAUAGAUAUGCUGUACUAAUAUGUUUGUCAUGCAUUCUUAUGUACUAUUUCAUAAGCCAAAGCGAAAAUCAAAAAGAAUCGUUUUCCAUCGAAUUAAAAAGCGAAAACUUGAACAGUGACUCAAACCAUGUCACCCGCGAGAUUUCAAAAGAUGUAACAUCGCCAGUUAGCGAAACUAUUCAUAAAAGCGGCGAUGAAGAAGAAGAUACAAAGAAAGAGUUUGAUGAGGAACAACUCGAAGCAGAAAUAGCGUUAAAAGCUGCCGAGUUGGACGUGAUUGUGAAAUCUUUUUACAAAGAUAUUUUUCGACCGAGUGACGCAAAAAUAAAAAUGUAUAAUGGACAUAAAAACGAUAAAGCAUUCAAACAAUCGCUAGUGAAUGAGAGCAGAGUUGAAGAUUCUCUUCCGAAAGAUUUUCCUCUGUCUCCUGAAGAGGCAAUUCAAAGAUUCGGGACUAAGUUACCUUAUUGGGAAAAAUAUGAAAUUUUAAACUAUCCGGAAGUUUAUUAUCUUGGACUGAAUGCCAAUAAAACUCAAUUGAAUGAAAACGGUGACAACAAUUUUGGAUUUGAUUUUGAUACAAAAGUCGAAAAAGAAACCGAGGGAAAUUAUAACGUCAGCGGUCAUUAUAAAAUGGUUCCCGGCGAUCACAUCGGCUACCGGUAUGAAAUUAUCAAAUACAUUGAUACCGGUUAUUAUUGUGACGUCAUUAUUGCCAGAGAUUGGUCGAAUCCGACACUGAAGAACGUUGCCAUCAAAAUAAUUCGCAUUGAUAAUGAUAUAGAUUGGACUUAUUGGAGAGAAGUUCAAAUGUUCCAAUACAUCGAGUCUCAUGCUUCAAAUCUGGAUUAUUUUACGCGGAUGUUGGCAACCUUCAAAUUUCGUAACCAUCUCUGUAUGGUUCUAGAAUUAUUAGGGGGAAAUAUAGAUUUGAAAUAUCUGAAAGGUCCCGUUAGAAACAUGACAUUGGCACGACGAUUUGCAAGUGAUGCUCUGCAUGGUUUGAGUAUUCUUAAAGAAAUUGGUGUGGUGCACAGAGAUUUUAAACCGCACAAUCUGAUGUAUAUUCAUGGAAAAAACGAGAAGAGCAGCGGACAACUUAUUAAAAUAGGAGAUUUUGGAGGAAGCUGCGUUCUGGGAAAAUCAGCAUGUGGAACUGCAUCCUAUAUAAUGACUCGAAGAUACCGCGCACCGGAGGUAACCCUUGCUCUUGGACACACAACUCAGGCUGACAUAUUUAGCUUUGGAAUUUGGUUGGCUGAAAUGUACCUGGGUCAUCCUCCAUUCUUCGGUGAAAAAGCUUCGGAAGAACAUUUUGGCGCAAUGAUGGCAGUAAUUGGACUCCCACCUACUUAUAUGAUUGCUAGAUCUUCCGAAAAACAAAUUUAUUCGGAGGCCAUUCGCUACAAAGAACACGAACCUUUCAGUAGACCUUUAACAAAGAUUCUAAAGGGAAUUGAUUAUGUGCUAUUAGACUUGAUAUGCAGAUGUCUUGAAUGGGAUCCUGAAUUACGUAUCACACCAGAAGAAGCACUUCGUCAUCCUUUUAUAACCGGACAAUCGUCUGAGAAUGAACUUGAGGAAUACCCAAUACUCAUCCAACGAUUUAUAGGAAAAAUAUAACGUCAGAAUAUUCCAGUAAGAAGAGAUGGCAAUACUCUAGCGCGUAUAGUUGGAGUAACAAGAGUCGUUCCUGAAAGCGUCGUUUUCCUGUGAAUGGUCGAAUGCAUCUCGGAGAAAUAAAGGGACGUAUCAUAAUUAUUGAAUUCACUACAAACACUGCAAUCAUGAUUGAAGUAAGAUGUUGGGACAAUAGGAUUCUUAUGUUUGUUCUAUACUUUUUAUAAAUGACAUUGUUACAACGAGACAUACAUUUUACGAGAAGGCAUGGAAGAUUGCUUUAUCUCCUGGGUCAGAUCUGUAAAUACCAUCGUCCAAUGCCAUCGCCACAUGGUGAUCUUGAGCUAAGAUUUCCACCAAUCAGUCCUCUGUUUUUUAUCGGUCAUUGGUCCUCGCUAAGUUUUUGCGUGAAAAAUCGACUUUGUUAAUUUUUACUUAUGCAAAUAAAGUAGUGAAAUUGUAAACAAAAGAAGACCGAGAAUUGCAAGUGUCGUUAUGUAAAAUCUACUGUGCAGAUACUGCUAAUGAUUGAAACUCAAUUCAAAUUUUUCUUAUUUUUAUCCGGUAAAGGUUAAAAGCGGAAACAUUGCAUGUUGUUAUUAUGUCAAAAUAUUCAUUAUUUAUGCUUAUCAGUUGAUUUUUAAUUUGCAAUUCACUGAAUAUAUGAACAUUUCGAUACAAUUUUUUGUCCACCCGUGGUUACCAAGCGGGGCACAAUGUUAUAUAUAAAUAUGAAUACUCCCGAAGUAUGUGAACAAAGGUGGCGGACACCGGGACGUAGUAUGUGUACCAGGUUAAGGUUAGGCUAUAAUUUUAUUCAGUUU